GCCUGACCCGGGAGGCUCCCUGACAAAGGGCUCUGCACAAAAACUGAGCCCACAGGACACAAACGCAGUCCAGGCCACUCCUUAGCAUGGCUGGCCCAUAGCAGCGUUUCCCUGUCCACUUCUGAAACCUUUUCAACAUGGACUCAAACAAUAGAUCUGGCAAGCGUCCUCCUAUACACACAAUGCAAAACUAUGUCUGAGCUCCAGUGACAAGUGUCAGACUUUUCACAGCGUGCGUGGGGCAGGAGUCCGUCCGGCUGGCUCCAGCUCACGGAACGAUCUAAUGGCCUUAGUCUUCCGAACGGCAAGGCAGUCGGCGGCUCUUCUGUUCUCCCUGCUGGGAUGGGUUUUAUCCUGCCUUACAAACUACUUGCCACACUGGAAGAACCUCAACCUGGAACUGAACGAGAUGGAAAACUGGACCAUGGGGCUCUGGAAAUCCUGCGUCAUCCAGGAGGAAGUCGGGAGGCAGUGCAAGGACUUCGACUCCUUCCUGGCCCUGCCGGCAGAACUGCAGCUCUCCAGGAUCUUGAUGUCCCUGUCCAACGGGCUGGGGCUGCUGGGCCUGCUGGCCUCUGGCUGUGGCCUGGACUGCAUGAGGCUUGGAGAGACCCAGAAGGGUCUGAAGAAGCGACUGCUCAUCCUGGGAGGGAUCCUGCUCUGGACCUCUGGGGUCAUGGUCCUGGUGCCUGUCUCCUGGGUGGCCCACGUGACAGUGCAGGAGUUCUGGGAUGAGACCGUGCCUGAGAUUGUGCCCAGGUGGGAGUUUGGGGAGGCCCUGUUCCUGGGCUGGUUUGCUGGCUUCUGCCUGGUGCUGGGAGGGUGUGUGCUUCACUGUGCAGCCUGCUCCAGCCCAGCCCCGCCAGCCUCGGGCCACUAUGCAAUGGCUGGACCUCGAGACCACCAGCAGCAUCUGGAGCUGAAGCAGGCCAAUCCGGAAAGCUAAGCCCGAGGGGCCAGUGGCCUCUCUGACCUCACUCAGGCGGACUUGGUAGGCUCUCCUGCUAUAAUCACCCCUGCUGACUGUGCUUCUGACUUUCUAAAAUGCACACUUCCCUUCUGUGGCUAUUAGCGUUUUCAAAUACAAGUUCUUCCUACAACUGAGUACAGUGCUUCUGCUUUCGGUACGGAGGCUCAAUGAGUCAGGACGUAUUGAUGGAAUCUGUCUUUACUAUGUCAAGCUAGGCUGUGACUGUGCACACACAGAGCACCAGUAAAUAAAACACUC